AUGGACCGAGAUAGGAUCCGUGCGGGGUUUGGGGGCUCCCUGAGAGGUUUUGGGGGCCCAUGGACACAUAUUGCAGCGUCAGUAGGGGAUUUGGAGGUCUGUAAGUGGAUCCAGAAGGACUCUGAGGGGUCUGUGCGGGACGUGGGGGUCCCUGAGGGGGUUUUGGGUUCUGGGGGCAGGUCUGGAGCACCCUGCAGCGCGGCUGGGGUUGUCCUGCAGCUCUUCGGGGGGGGGGGGGGCUGCGCUGAGAGCUUUGGGGUGAAUCGCUGUAUUUUGGGGGCCCCUCUGGUUUCCCCGGGGCCGUCUGUGCGUUUUGGGCGGAAUAAAGGAAACCUCUGUUUUUCCCCUCUCUCCUCCGACAGGCUUUCGGCUGCUGGGACCCGCCCGAGCGCCGCCGGGCCCGUGCGGGGGGUCCUGGCGGGGCCCCGCCCCUUCGGGGGCGGGGACAAGGAGGCCGAGGGGGCGGAUCCAGAGGGUCACUUCCUCUCGCUGGCGUGUCACCGCAACGGCAGCCGCGUCCUCGACGCUGUCUGGGCCUCGGCCUCCGCCCCCGCCCGCGCCGCCAUCGCCGAGGAGCUGGCAUCCCAGCGCGACGCCCUGCAGCACGACCCCCACGGCCGGGGCGUGGCCCGGACCCUUGCCCUCGACCUCUUCCUCCGCCGCCGCCGCCUGCGGGAGCAGCUACAGGCGGCCCCUGACCGCCGCCGGGGGCUCCUGGGACCCCUCCUGGAGGACUGACGCAUGCCCAGGGGCACAGAGAGGCGCCCUCCUGGAUGACCAUGGGCCACAGAGAGGAGGAGCAGGCACAGAGCGUCCCCUGCAUUUCAGCAGCUCAGAUGCUCUACGGAGAACCAUGAAGACCCAGGUGCCACUCUGGCUCUUCUGCCCACCCGUCUUGUCUGCUCCGGAUCACCAGACCACAGAGUCAUUGGAGGGCUGCUGGCUAGAAAGGCUCCUGCAUCUGUACCACAGAGCUGCUGGAGGACUGGAGACCGGAGAGGCCGGCUGCAGAGCCCUUCCUGCUGUGAGCACCAUGGAGUUCUCUAAGGGGCGGAGGCGAUGCUCUGGUAGCUCUUGCCCAAGCCUUGUCUGCUCCCGCCCUCCCAACUCCUGUUUUUGCACAUGAAUCGGUGGCUUUUUUCA